UUGGGGCGGGCUGAGGUCUUUCCCGGGAAACCCAUCGUACUGAACAAAUGGCGCUUGUCUUUGAAGACGUUGCUUCAGUCCCAGGACGGACUCCACUGAAGGAGAGACAGAGAGACUAACUUUGCCCCCUUUCCAACCUUUCCAUACUCACGGCCAAGCGCUUCUCCUUAAAACGCAAGUGCUUUAAACACACAGCGAAAUGCCUGGCUAGAAGGGGAUGGGAAAGGAUGGACUUGAGCCUUUCCAAGGGGAACAGAGCCAAACAUAAAGAUGUGCAGAAGUCAGGAAAGUUCUAAGGAGAGCAGGUUCUGUGACUAUGAAAAGAGAGUGUCACCUCUAGUGAAGCAGGGUUAGAGUAGACACAGAGAGCCAUGGAAGCAAAGGUCCAGAAUGGGACACACAAGGCACGCAGGCCAGUUCUCUGACCGGAGAGGCUUCUAGACGGAGAUGAAACCUGACCCACCGAGAAGACAGAAGGGAACAAUCUCAGCAGGUGACACUAACUGGGAUUCCUAUGCUACCACGAUGAAGACUGCAUUCACACCAAAAACAGCGGCAGUGCGGGCUUUAGUUCGUCAAAAAGGCAUCCGAAGAUUAGGAUACACAUAUUCACUUAGUGAUCCUAUUUCCAAUCAGACACACUACAAUGAUGAGUAUGUGUGGAAAUCAUGUGCUAAUGAUUUUAUCAAAACUGGGACGUCAAGAGGAAAUGGGAGCCAUAAAUCACACUUCAAUCAAGACCUUUUUCAAUGGACUCUACCUCCAAGUCAAGCAAUGGCAACAUCAAAGAAUUGCCUCCCUUGGAAUAUCCCUGCUUCAAUGGAAGAAGUUCAGAAGGCAAUAUCGAAUCAGUUUAUUUCCCUUACUAAGAGAGACUUCGUGGACAUAGCAAAAGCCCAGAAGAUUAAGAAAAGUUUUCAAGUGUCUCCAGAAACAAAAAAGUGUCUUCCCCAACCUCUAGACACUGAAUUUCGACGAAAUUACCAAAUUCCAGCUAAGAUUCCUGAGUUUCAGGAUUUUAGUUUCAAAUAUGGAUGCUAUUCAAGUCUGCCAAUUGCCUCUCAGGGGCUGGUCCCGUCCGUGCUGCACAGUUACAUGCGGAAUCAGGAGCGCACGAAGCAGCAGACCACAUAUCAAAGCGACUAUGGGAAGGCCUACCUGGAUUUCCUAAUGAUUUUAAACUCCUUUACUCCCUCUCAAAUCAAAGAGUACCUUGCAAGUGUUUCGUACAAAGAUAGACAAAUUCUUGAUCGCUUCAUUCAUUCUCACUGUGACACUGACAAAGGGAAGAAAUUAGAAAGGAAACCAGUUUAACUGAAGAAAAUAUGAAAAUCAAUGGAGGCACUUGGGACUACCUCAUCGUUUUCUCAAUAAUCAAGAAAAAAUAAGAUGCAAAUUGCUCCAAACAUGUUGUGAAAGUCAUGAGUUUGUGAAUUUUAUUUUGUUUUAUUUUUAAACCAUAGAACUAUUUAAGGCUACAAAUUUCCCCAUGAAU